AUGGAGGCAUUGGUGCAUGAUUUGACAUUAGCACUAGAAGAAAGUAGUAAUUCAUCAAAUAUUAGACGGCGGUGGGGUUUGAGAAGACGAGCUCGAUCUACGGGAAAUAUUCCAUCAUUGAAUACUAAUAAACACUCGGAUGACAGCUCAUCUUCUGCUUACGGUGUACGUAUUCCGAAAGCUUCAUCAGUAUCAAAAUAUCAAUCCGAUAGUGAUGAUACUAAUAAAACUAAGAGAUUUGCUCGAUUUUCAAAUUUAAACAACAUAAGUAAUAUUGAAAGUGAUUCUGUCAAUGAAAACUUUGUACCAAAAAUCAACACAAAACGGAAAAGAAAAUUUAAACGGAUGGCUAUAGAUUCCGACUCAAACCCAUCGACGUCACAAACAGCUAUCACAUUCUUAGCGCAUUCUGUUGGUAAAAAGAAACGUGUUAUUCGAAGCAGUUGUGAAAAUAGAUAUGGUACAAUUUGGUGCGGAAAACGAAAAAGAUCAUGUCGUGACAAAUCAUUUGAUUGCGAAAUGAUUUCACCAAAACCACGCAAUCAAAAAUCUAAAAAUCGUGCUAAAACCCAAAGUGAAGACGCAAUGGACUGUUCAAGAGUUUCAAGUUCAAGUAUUUCAUCGAGUGAUUCAGAAGCUGGAAUUAUUACUAAUGAUGAGGAUAGAGAAGGUGAUGAUGAGCAAUCGGAUUGGUUUGGUGAAUCUAACUUGUGGGAUGAUGAUUGUACAAAUGAUGACAAAAUACCGACUAAUCCAGCUUUACAAUCAAUGCUACAAAGAAAUUUCGAACAUCUAACUGAUGAAGCUAAAAGGAAUUAUCGUCAAAGAAUUCAAUGGAUUCGAGAUGGUUUGAGUGGACGGGAAAUUCGCGCUGGACGCCGUCAUGUUGACAACAAGCCUGGCUAUUCCAUUAUAACUUCUGCCAAUGAAAAAGUAUCGAGAUUUCUUCAAGACCCUUCUCAAAGUGAACUUAAAUUGCACCCGAUGCAUCAGCCUGAACGAGAAAAAUUACGAAGACUAGCUAAUCUUUACAGUCUCAAUUUAAAAGGUGACUUGAAUUGUCCAGUUUUGUAUAAAACUCUACACACAACUCAAGCUAUUUGUGUUGAUCAAGUUUCUUUCAAAAGAUUUUCUGAUUACAAAAGACUGAGAAGAACUCCACCACAUUCACCAAAUUUUGAGUUAAAAAAUUCAAAUGAUGACAUUCAGGAAUCUGCUGCUCUUUUUCGUUAUCCGUACAGUAAAUCUUAG